AAAGUACAAAGUCGGUCGGUUUCGUUGUUGAUCUUUAAAAGUCCUUGGAGCCCAAGUAACGCUCCUUCUAUAUAAACUCACAUCACGAACCUCCAAAAACCCAUCAGUCGAUCCACCCAUCGAUCAGAUCACAUCCCAAAAGCCCCCUCUGCAAAACCCCAAUUUCGUACAAUCCCGUACCACCAAUGGCUCCUCCAAGUCUCCUCGGUCCUCCGGAGCUCAGGGCCCCAACCCCACCACCCCAAGCACAACCAGUAGCCCUAUCCGGCAACCCAUUCGUCGACCUCAUGGUCACCAAUUACAAUGAUGCCGCCAAGGUUCCGGUGAUCGCACCUCUGAUGGGAUACACCGAGAACGGCGCCUCCACGUUCCUCAACUCCGGCAACCCCUGUGUCGAUUUCUUCUUCCACGUCGUGCCCACCACCCCCACCUCCUAUUUCAACACCCAACUCCCACUCGCCUGGGCACACGACGACCUGACCACCCUCAAGCUCAUUUGCAACCUCUGCGGCGUGCGGGGAACCGGAAAGUCCGACAAGGAGGGGUUCUACACGGCGGCGUUUUGGCUCCACAAACACCACCCCAAAACCCUCGCCUGCAACGUCGCAUCCUUCGCCGAGUUUGGGUACUUUAAGGACCUGCCGGAGAUCAUGUAUCGCCUUCUAGAAGGAGAAGACGUGAGAAAGAAGCAAAAGGCAGAGUGGAAUAUCAGGAAAAGCGGGGCGGGUCGAACUAGGAGGGGUAGGAGGAUGCGAGGCCACGGUCGGCCUUUACGCUAUGAACCGCCACCAUCAACCUACGGUAAUUCACCAUUCUAUUCAGCACCACCUUCACCUUCACCAUACGGUGGCUAUUCAGCACCACAUCAGCACCCGUGGGGUCUGAAACCACCAUUCAGCGGCGGCCGCGGCCGCAGGUCAAGUAAUAGAAAAUAUGGUCGAGGGGAUGGGCAAUCUAAAGAGGCAAGGAUACAAAUGGCAAAGGAAAGGGCACAAUCAGAGAAGGAAAAGGCGAGCGUUUUGAGGAAUGAGAAGAAGGCUGCCAUGGCCAAGAAAGCCAUUGUAAGGUACGAGCGUGACCCUGAUUUCCGAUUUCUGUACGAGAGGGUUUCGGACCUUUUCGCAGAGUGUUUGAAGUCCGAUAUGGAAAAUUUCAAGGCCAAUCAGUACAGGAAGAUCAGCCUAGCAGCCAAGUGGUGCCCUUCAAUUGAUUCCUCCUUCGAUAAGGCCACUCUGUUGUGCGAAAGCAUUGCCAAGAAGGUUUUCCCGAGAGAAUCGUACCUGGAGUACGAAGGAGUUGAGGAGGCACAUUAUGCGUACAAAGUGAGAGACCGACUGAGGAAGGAGGUGUUGGUGCCGCUGAGGAAGGUAUUGGAGUUGUCGGAGGUUUAUAUCGGUGCUAAUCAGUGGGGUUUGAUUCCUUACAACCGAGUGGCCUCUGUGGCCAUGAAGUUUUACAAGGAGAAAUUUUUGAAGCACAACGAGGAGAGGUUUAAGAAGUAUUUGGCAGAUGUUAAGGCCGGAAAGUCCACCAUUGCUGCGGGUGCUCUGCUUCCGCACGAGCUCAUAGAGUCUCUGAAUCAUGGAGAUGGCGGUCAGGUGGCCGAACUCCAAUGGAAGAGAAUGGUGGAUGAUCUGUUGAAGCAAGGGAAGAUGAAGAACUGUUUGGCUGUGUGUGACGUCUCCGGCAGCAUGAAUGGGACCCCUAUGGAGGUUUCCGUGGCUUUGGGAUUGUUGGUGUCCGAACUGAUUGAUGAGCCAUGGAAGGGGAAGGUCAUCACUUUCAGCCACAACCCUCAGCUGCAUCAGAUACAAGGCCAUGAUCUAAGCUCCAAGUGCAACUUUAUAAGGACGAUGGAAUGGGGACACAACACGAAUUUCCAAAAGGUGUUUGAUUUGAUUCUCCAAGUCGCGGUGAACGGGAAAUUGAAGCCGAAGCAGAUGAUAAAGCGGAUCUUCGUGUUUAGCGACAUGGAGUUUGAUCAGGCUUCAACUAGCGGGCCUUGGGAGACCGAUUACCAGGCUAUACAGAGGAAGAAUACUGAGAAAGGGUACGGGAAUGCGGUGCCGCAGAUUAUCUUUUGGAAUCUGAGGCAUUCGAAGUCUACGCCAAUGCCGAGCAACCAACCAGGAGUGGCAUUGUUGAGUGGCUUCUCCAAGAAUUUGAUGAAGCUGUUCUUGGACAACGAGGGAGAAGUUCGCCCGGACCUUGUCAUGGAAGCAGCCAUCUGUGGGGAAGAAUAUCAGAAGCUUGCCGUGCUGGAUUGAUCAGUUCAUCUGAUGUUCCUCUUCCCAUUGUAAAAAUUUACCCAAAAAAGCAAAAUCGAAAACAAAGAAAAAAGUUGUAUUUCUAGGCUCCAUCAUAUGAAUUCCAAAUU